AGCGCAGCGGUGCCGAGCCGAGAGCGGCACUCACGACAGCUUUCGCCUCUCGACUGGAGCGUCGUCAACGCUAAUCGAGGCGACGUUUCGUUUUCUACCCGUUACUUUCUUCCUUCUUUCCACGAGGAAGAGGAGAAAAAAGCAUUUCAAGCUGUCGGUCGAGGUUAUUUCGUAGCUGAAAUCCCGCAAGAUUCUGCGGGAUUCGUUCCCGUUUAAUUAUCUCUUGUUCGCGUCCCGUGAAAUCGAACGUCCCCCUGUCGCUCUCCUCCGGUUGUUUGAUCAGCUUCAGGAGGUGCAGCUUCGGCAAAUUGGCGAUGCGAUCCGCGCGGACGGUGCACCGGCGAUUAACGCGUACGUGCUGGGAAUACUCGAGACGAACGGGGAAAGGUAGAAGCUGUUUGGAGAACCAUGGACGGAAGUCUACGUUAGAUGGUCGCUGGUCGUGGAUCUCGCGUGGACUAUGAAGCCUGAUCGACGAGCGAUCGAGGCGAGACGCCUGUAAAUUUUUCAAACCACACGGAAGUCUAUCGAUAGUUGAAGGGAUUUCAAAGAAUCGAAUCGUUCAGGAAGAAUUAAAGUUGUUUGUGGAUGAAAAGAGUUUCUUAUUCCGACAGUGUGUAAUUUGCUUCGUUGAAUGGCAACAUAGAAAAGUGUGUCGUUAUGCUCCCCUGCGUUUAGAGCGAACCCCCAUGUUUCGAUUAAUCAAGUGACCGGUUAAGUUUCUCGAUACGCAGUGACAUCAAUAAGCGAUGACCAGUGAUUACGCGAACUCGCGUCGUUCUAUCGUCUCGCAUUUUUCCAGCAAGUUUUUCUUCGCCGAAAACGACCGCGUGAUCUACAUGGAUCGACUCGGUGUACCGGUGCACCGCGGAAGAGCGAACAAUGGGUAUGAGAAGAGCAGAGGCUAAGUAGCAGGCUGCAGGUACAGGAACAGAGAGGGCGAAACGGGAAGUGUGUGCGUGUGCGUGUGCGUGUGCGUGCCGACUGAGAAAGACAAGAGGGUGAGAAAAGAAAGAAAAAAAUUGGGUGAAAAUCGAGAAGGAGAACGGUAACGAGCGAGUUUGAGGUUCGUGGAAAAGGAAGGAUCUAGAGAAGACGAGGCUGCGUACGGUCGGGGAAAAGAUGAAGGAACAAAGAUUAUGGACGGUGAUUUGCAUGUUGUGUCUCGUAAUGGGUUUGAGCCUGGCACAAACGUCGCAGCUCUGCCCAUCGCACGCUGAGAUAUCGCCCUGUUCCUGCACCUUGAAAAAAUCCGGCCUUGACAUCGUAUGCGAGUUCACCGAUCUCACCCACAUAUCCAAGGUUAUGAGCUCGUUGAAGGGAAGAACGAACACGGUGAUUUUCUAUUUGAGGCUCAGGCAUAACAGCUUGCCGAAAUUGCAGCCAUACGUGUUCCUUGGCCUCGAUAUUCGUCAUUUAACCAUUCACAACAGCAGCCUGGCGAAACUCGAGGAAUCUUCUCUCAGCUCCAUCGGAACUGGCCUGACGCAGCUUGAUCUAUCGCAGAACGCUUUGCUCUCAGUACCAUCGAGCGCGUUGAAAGAUCUUCAGCACUUACUUAUCUUAAACCUGAACCGUAACAAGAUCAAAGCGAUUCAUAAAAAAGCUUUCGAAGGGUUGGACACUCUUGAAAUCCUUUCUCUAUACGAAAAUGAGAUUUCCACUGUGGAGGAGGAUGCCUUCAAAGGGCUACACAAGAAGCUGAGGAGACUGAAUCUGGGAGGAAACGAGUUGAACAAAGUACCGACUCAAGCUCUGCGCACUCUGGACAUGCUGAAAAAGCUGGAGAUGCAGGAGAAUAGGAUCACCGCCAUUGAAGAGGGUGAUUUCGAGGGUCUGAAGAGUCUGGAUUCGUUAGGGUUGGCUCACAAUCAGCUUCGCGAGGUACCCGCUCGUGUGUUCGCUCACUUGACGCAAUUAAACUCUUUGGAGAUGGACGGAAAUCAAAUUACCCACGUUGAUCCGGACGCGUUCAUCGGUCUCGAGGAAAAUCUGCAAUAUUUACGGCUGGGAGAUAAUAAUUUACAUGCAGUUCCGAGCGAUGCGUUACGACGUCUUCAUCGACUACGUCAUCUCGAUUUAAGGGCGAAUAACAUUACCGUGCUCCCGGAGGAUGCUUUCACCGGAUACGGAGAUUCCAUUUCGUUCCUCAAUCUCCAGAAGAAUCUGAUCAAGGUGUUACCACCGUUGGUCUUUGAGAACCUGAACUCUUUGGAAACGUUGAAUCUGCAGAACAACAAGCUGACGCAAAUACCGGAAGAAGUGACCGAGAAUAUCGUCGACACCCUUCGACACAUCGAUAUCACAGACAAUCCAUUGAUCUGCGACUGCGAGCUGCGAUGGUAUUCCGUCUGGCUGGGAAAUCUACGGGACAAGGACGACGAAAGAAUGUCGAGGAAACGAACGGUGUGCACGAUGAUCAGCGAGCACCGGGAGUACUCGGUUCAGAAUCUACCUUUGGAGAGAAUGGGCUGCGUCGGGAAAAACGCUGGGCGAACCUCGUCAGCUGGCAGUAGCUGCAUGUACGUCGACACGAUGUUACAAAUCCUAGCGGCUGCUAUUGUUCUGUUUUAAUUGCGUUCCCUUCAGACACACGACCCUCGACGAUCUCAGUCUCCUCCGGCUCUGAUGCGAAUCCGUUUUUCUGAUCAAAGAAACGCGAGAACCCGCGCCGGUUUGUAAUCCUUCUCUUCGUUGAAUCCAUCGUUCCGUCGUCGAGAAAUCGUGCCACGAUCGCGGAGACGUGACACGAUUCUACGAUUAACAUGUUUAUUCAUGGUGGAAUGCUUUUUGAAAAUCAAUAGCUCCCUUCCUGGAGAUUUCUACGAUUCAUCAAAGACUCGAAAGGAUCUAGUCGAUCGUUUAAUUGUAAGAUACUUGUUAACCGAGGAAGAGGAGUUAAUUGAGAGGGAAAUACAUCGCAGUAGCAAUAUUGUACCUUGUACAAGAUAAAUUAACUCAGCUUCAUUCGCUCUUUGUUACAGUCACGAGGGGAAAUAGUUCCUUCUUGGUUGAAAAAUGACUCGGUUAACAGGUUAAUCCGUCAAAUUGACGGUGAUACUUUUAUCAUGAUAAUUUUAUGCUCUAGUUACAUGGAUUCAAAGUGAACAGCAGUCGACUAGUCUCUCGGGGUGUCAGUCGCGAUUACUUGCAGAAUGUUUCAUUGUUUUAUUUGAGGAAUGAUAUAUCUAUAAGCAUUUUGAUUAUGAUCGACGAAGGGAUGGAAAACCAUGGUGAAAGGAUGACGAAAAAAAAAUAUAUAAACGAGGGAAUCUCGAUCGAGACGUGCGAUGAGAGGGUGAAACGAAGGCACCACGACAUCACGAUUAUUAUCACGCGAGCCUUUUUUCACCGAACGUUACAUAUCAAGAUCGUUGCCAAGUAUUUUCUGGAUGUCUGUUACACUCGCGAUAACGCGAGACGCGUAAGCAUAACUCGAUAGAAAAUUCGAAUGUCUGUAGUUUAGUCGUCAUUCUAUUGGUCCACGGACAUUCAUCUUAAUACAUAUCAACGCGUUCCCGAAACGUUGGGACAAGUUAUUAAUAAUUUCUUGAUGUUACGUUCCGUACGUCACAAUCCCGUCGUAGUUUGCAUCGUGGAUCAUCGUUUUCUUUUCCACUGUCCAUUGUUGUAGAAAGUAACGGGAAUGAUCAUCUGGUAGACGAAUUCAUAAAUCUAGACUUUGAAGACUAUUUCAAUGAUAGUCGAAUAAUUAGAGAACGAAGGAAGAAAAUUCCAAUUACCACUAAAGUUACGCUACAUAAUUCAAUUAAAACUUUAGAUUGAUAAAAGUAUCCCUAGUACUCUUUAAAAAAUAACAACAAAAAAAUACAAAAAAAAAAAAAAAACAGAAGAUUCAGUUCACUUGAAAGGUGUCAAAUUUUCAUCCUCUUUUAUACAUAUAUUUUUUAUAGAACAUUUCAACGCGUUGAAAUUAAGUUCAUGGUGAAAAAUAUUUUUAAAAAAUGUAUCGAUACGAGUAAAGCAAUCGUAUGUAAUCGAUCAUUAGCCAUACCCUUUUAGAGGCGUAGUCUUUACCAUUAAAUAGAUCUUCAGAUGAUUCCGGUUGCUUAACUCCAUUCACAAAGGACCGACCAGUCGAAAUGGAAUAACGACUGCUGAUGAAACGUAAUGUACUCAACAGGAAACCGACACUUGUCAAUUCCAUUCAAAUGGCUUGGUAGCUUCUGUUUCGUAGCUAUACUGCUCUCUUAGGACAGGAACGCUUACACGCACACACGAGAAAAUUACAUCGUUGUCUUUCAGCGAACGAAGACGUUGAAACGAUCUACGUAUGGCGUACGUCGCAGUAAAACUUUUGCAACGCGAACCCGUAUCAUUUUUCAACGACUUAUAGCUUCGGUUUAUUCGCCUAUCCCUCUACCAUUUUCUUUCUUAUUUCAACAGCGCACAGAUUGUGACGUGCGAACAACGGUUGCUUGUAUUUAGAGUUGCGAAACGUGUUCGAAGUUCGCUUAGAAUGGCUGACGUCAAAGAAAUCUGCAAUAUUUUUCGAUGAACGUGAGAAAUUAGAUUAAUUACACGAAACGAAGAAAGUAUUAGGACAAAUCCUGUACAUCUAAUGUUAUAUUAUCAAUUAGAUGUAUACUUGUAUAUCGUAGAAACGAGUUUAAUACUCUGUCACCAGUACGGUAGAACCUGCGUUAUUGAAAUUAAUAAGGAAAUUAAUUUAUUUUGAUAAUAGAACAUGAACUGAGAAUAACAAAAAUGAAUAGCUUUGCAAUAGUCCAUCUUUCACUUCAAUAAUUAAUACUACAUAUUUUUAUUUUCAUUUGUAAUAACUUGCAAAUAACUUAAUAGGAGAUUUGAAUACCGCAGGUUCCAUUGUAUUUAUUCUAAAACGCUGAAGAAAAAGAAAAACAUAUCGUCGAACACCUUUCGUAGACUGUAUAUCACGCGAAACAAUAUUAUUGAAGAUACGUUCACAGAACGUAGUGGUUAUUAAAGUAUUCACGUGGAAAGUAAAUUGUGUUUUACAAUUGAUUAGAUAGGUAAGAGAAUACUAAGAUUAAGCUAUAUUAAUUCUACGAAUAAUGUUGCAUAUCGAAGUUAGAUUAACGAUAUAACUGGUACGUUGUAACGCGAAUUGCCAUUCCAAGAUAAAUCGAAGGAGAAUAAUGAUAAUAAAUGAAAUAGUUAUGUCGAGAUAACUAUUGCACCAAAAAAAAAAAGAAAGAAAAAAAAAAUAGUAAUUUAGAAUCUAAUGAAGAUUAGUUACUCAGUCUUUCGUUUCAUUAAGAAGCUCCAUAGAAAGAGUAAAAGUAAAGAAACAACAUUCUACUUCGAUUAAAGGAUAAGGCUUCGUGUUGAUAUCACACAACACACACAUAUCAUUUAUACGCCCAAAUUUUACCUGUAAGAUAAUGGUUAAAUGAUAGUGAUUUAAGACUUCAUUGAUAUAAUCUUUAAAGAUCGUAUACAUAUCGUGAACGUAUGAGAUUUAAGAGAAUUUAUUUGUUAAUAUAUAUAUAUAUAUAAUAUAUGUACGUUACGUAUAAUAUACACACAUUAUUACGAUCAUCAAAGAUAUAUUAUAUACCUAUAUAUUAUAUAUAUACAUAUACGCAUUGGAUGUUUUUUCUAAGAAGUUUCAUCGAUAUGAAAAUAUAAAGUUACUGAUUGCAUCCUGUUCUUUCAAGCGGAAUAAUCAGACUACCACUGAUCCUUUGUUCUCUUAUUUUUCAUAAUGCAAGAAUACAUGUUUUAAACGUUGAGUCUAUUAAUUGAAAGUCUGAAUUAUAGUUAAAUCGAAACGAUACGCCCAGUGGAAUUCUCUGCAGGCCCUACAUAUAGCUUAGGAUCCGCAGUUGGCAUAUCGACAACCUUUCAAAUCCUUAUUUUCAUACGAAUUCAUCUAUUAAAAGGAAAUCAUUCCCUUGAACGACAGGAUGCAAAGGGACAUAAAGUGACGAAAAAAAAAAAAAAAAUAUCAGUAGAUACAGAAACGAAGAAUAGUAACGUUAGCAUAGAUGCACAUAUAUUCAGUGAGACAGGAGUUCAGAUCCCAUGAUUAAAGACUGAAUCAAAGGGUGAAAGGAAAGUAGAACAGUAUACAAAAUAUUCGCUCUGAUUUAUUAAUCUGCCCUGUGUAUAAUUUAUCAGCGACAUCGUAUUAUUUUGCAGCCGCAAAUUAAAAUUUCCUUUCGGUACAUGCAGUGUCAAAUACACUAGCUUUCUUUAGGGAAAAAUACAGUGCGAAGAAAGGAGACUCCAUCAGUCGUUUUAAUAUUUAAUGGCAGAAUCGAGUCUAUCGUUCAUUUUAAUCAUUAUUAAAGAAACCUAUUUGUUUCGAAAAAAAAAAAAAUAUUAAAAUAUAUAAUCGUUUGGUGAAGCCAAAUUUAAAA